UAUAGCCGAUUGCUUAUAUUUGCUGCAAUCAUUAAUUGGAUGUCUUUCCAAACGAAGGCUCGAAAAUGACCGAGAAGAAGAUUACAUUCGUUGAUAGAAAGAAAAAAGUGUCAAGAGCUUGUGAUUAUUGCAAAAGACGUAAAUUCAAGUGCACCGGGAAUGCCACCUGUAAGAAGUGUCUCAAAGACGGUAAAGAGUGUACCUUCAAUAUUGUUGACCAUAGAACGAUCAAGAGGGAACGAAUUGCCAAACAGAGAAAAGGUGAAGAAAUCUUGUUGAUUGAUCAAAAUGCUAUCAAACCUGAGUUGGUUGAGGAAAAAAGGGAAGAGAUACGAUUGAAUAAUGCCAGACAAUCAAAUCUUAAGAGGGAACAGGUUGUGCUUCCCUCAUUUCAAGAGACCUUGGAUAUGAUCAAGAACCAAAUCUCGUCGUCUAAUAGUAUUUCUAAUAGUUCAAUUAUAGAUAGGUCUACUCCACAAGGAUCUUCGUUAAUGAAUGCAAAUAGUCUUUUCAGUCCGAUACCCAGUAACGAUAGUUCCAAGCCUAUUUAUUCCAGAUCUACAACUACAGAUUUCCCAUCUAUGUUAAAUGAAUUCCCGAAUGGCUUUUCCGGUUUGGGGUUACAAGGUCUUGAAUUUACUUCUAAUUUCAAUAACUUGCUAAACAACAAAACAGAAUCUGAACGAAUAACUUUACUCGAGCUAGAUAAUGAGGGAUCACUUCAUUAUAAUGCCUUAGGAAAUUGUAGCUCUGUUUUGUUAGAAACGAAGAAAAUCUUUAAUGCUAUACUAGGGAAAGCCAAGUUCGACACUCUGCAAUCCACCAAUCCCGUCGAUAAACCCAUUGAUGUUGAAGCUAUUCCGUUAGCUGAAAUACCCGAUGGAAAUGCUUGUUUUAAACUAUAUAAAGGUUAUACAAAAACUAUAAGUUGGCAAUUUUAUAUGUUUGACGAAGGUGAAUUUUCACAAACGAUAGAGAACGUGAUUAAUGGAUCCAAGAACAUCAAAGAGAAAAUAUUGGUUUAUUUGGUUCUUGGAGUUGCACAACGUAUGGAUGAUUAUGAAAAGGGGGUUCUGGGAAGUGACAAAUCAGUGGACUAUAUCAAAUCAGCAUUACAUUUAAGAAAUUUUUUGACUGAUAAUGAUGACUUAUGGCUAAUCCAAUAUUAUUAUUUGCAAUCAAUCUAUUAUUUGGUAACCCAUAAGUUUCAAACUAGCUGGGUCUUCUUAACUCAUGCAAUUGAACAUGCACAACGAUUAAACAUUCAUAAAAAACCUAGAAAAGGUUCAAAAAAGGUUGAUCCCAAGCAUCAUAUCAAGUUAUUCAGAUCACUUUACUUUUCUGAUUGUAUUUUUUCCAUGGCCGUUGGUAAAUCAAUGCUGUUUAACGACGAGGAAUGUGAUGGGUUUAAUCCCUAUGAAAAAUCACUUGAAAUUUCCAAAUUCAAGAAAACAUUCCCGAUAAAAGAUGGUAAACCUAAUUAUGUUGCAAAUCCCGACAAAGAUGACGAUUUUCGAAUGAAAUGGGAUUUUCAUAAAUUUCAAGUUAUUCAUAUAUUGGGGAAGAUUUUGAAAACCUGUUAUCAUAAUUCAAAAAUCGAUUUAGAUAAUAUUAAAAAGUUGGCUAUUGAAUUAAAGGAAUGGUUUGUUAAUUUACCACCCGAUUUAUUAGUUGAAAAUACAUCAACCGACACGUCAGAAGAUGAAGUUAAACAUCGAUAUGCAUGUAUUUAUAUUAAUUCCUUCCAUAUUCAUGCAAUAUCAGUAUUAAGCAGGCCCUUUUUGAUCUAUGAAAAAGCAUGUCAGAUUAAUGAUUUAAAAGAAGAAUAUCAAAAUUUAAUUUCCAAGGAACUAAUUCAUGAAUAUAAACAAGCAUCUAUUAAAAGUAGUGCUUUAAUGAUAAUUGCAAUUAUAUGUUCAGAAUCAAAUCAAAGUUAUAGAACGUUUUUAACUAAUUUUAAAGUUAACUGUGCAUUAAAUUCAUGUUUAACAUUGAUUACAUGUUUAAUUGAUGAUUUAAAUAGCCAAUUACUUAAUUUAAUUAAGUAUGGGUUAUUAUUAUUGAAAACAAGUACUGAUGUUUUACCACCAGCCAAAUUUUUUGUCAGUAUACUUGAAGAAAUGGUUAGUGAAAUAUCCGAUCAUCAUUUGAAUAUACAGAAUGAAAAUUUCUUUCAAGAUUUAGAAAUUUUAGAUUUACCAUCUUUACAAGGGGACAUUUUCCCAGAAGUUGAUCAUAUUCGAUGGAUUGAAACUCAAAAUGACUUCGUCCCCAAUCAAAUCGCUGCACUACCGACAAAUUAUCAAUAGACAUACUACAAUAGGUGUAUAAUUCAAACAUUCAUUCAAAGCAUAAUUGUAUCAAGAGUAGAAAAAAGCCUCUUCUUAAAAGUUUUUAUCAAUCAAAGCUUUAGCCAAUUUCCAGUUGUGGGCUUCAAUGUAAUCUAAAACAAUGAUACCACAACCUUUAGCA